ACCGUUGUUUGGAAUUGGAAGCUGUAGAGCCAGCUUUUCUCUCCGGCCUCGCUUCUCCUCCUGCUCCAACUUUUCGGCCUCCCCUGCGUCUUAGGGAGCUCCAUAGUCAUAGUCUCUUCAAGAAUCCCUCACCAAGUAGAAAGCGCUUGGUUUUUCUACAAACAAGUCAGAACAAUGUCUCUACACGACCAAUACGACACCGGAAAAGAAAAAGACAGAGAAGCAGAAGAGGUAGAUGAAGAAGAAGAAGAGCUCUCCAUCAGCGACAACGACGACGGUUUUGACGAGGACAUGGAAGCCCUAAAACAAGCCUGCCUCCGCACCGGCGCCGACCUUAACGAUCUCCAAAUCACCGCUUCCGACAAUGACCGACCCUCCACUUCGGACGCCGCCGUCUCGUCGGCUGCUUUGGCGUAUACCGACAGCGAGGAUGAUAUGGAAAUUUUCCGGAGUAUACGGAGUCGUUUUGCGCUUUCAGUGGACGUUUGUGAGCCUCUGUCUAUUCAGCCUCCCUGCACUCUUCCUCCAAUUUCUUCUGAUGACGAUGCUGAAGAUGAUUUCGAGACUCUUCGCGUUAUCCAGAGGCGGUUUUCGGCUUAUUCUAGCAAUGACACUCAGGGAAUCAGCACAGAGGAUCACAUAGAGAAAACAGAGCCCAUUUAUAUGACUAGCACGCCCUUACAGGAUGCAACAUGCAAUGAUAUUUGUGAAAGAUUUCAAGAUUAUGAGAAGGCUGGCAACAUCUCCCACUUGUUAAGUGGCAAUGCGGAGAUGCAGCCUGUUGGUUUAGUUCAGUGGGAUCACUCAGAUGCCAACGAAUUGUCUACACUGGCGGACAACUCGUCGAGGUUUCCAAAGUCUGCACAGCAGCUCAUUGAUGCUAUUAAAAAGAACAGGUCUUAUCAGAAGUUUCUUCGAAGUAAGUUGACUCAGAUUGAAUCGAAAAUUGAGGAGAACAAGAAAUUGAAGGAACGCGUUAAAAUUCUUAAAGACUUUCAGGUUUCUUGCAAAAAAAUAACAGGACGAUCAUUAUCGAUAAACAAGGAUCCUCGUAUACAAUUAAUUUCAGCAAGAAAAUCACGGACUUCUAAGGAUCCUGAGUUGCUGCAGGUUAAUGAUAAAAACGUCUCUGCGGAUUAUGGUCCACCAGAGAACUCUAGUGUCACUAAUUACAGAAUGGCUUUAACAAAAUUUCCUCUUGCACUUCAGAGGAAAAAAUGGUCCAGGGAAGAAAGAGAAAAUCUUGUAAAGGGAAUACGGCAACAAUUUCAAGAGAGUGCGCUUCAAGUUUCAGUGGAUUGGUUCAGUAGUGCAGAUGGGUCAUCUGGAGAUGGAAGUAAUUUGGAUGACAUUAUAGCAACAGUCAAAGAUCUUGAAAUCACCCCUGAGAGGAUUAGGGAAUUUCUUCCUAAAGUGAAUUGGGAUCAGUUAGCUUCCAUGUAUGUCAAGGGUCGUUCUGGUGCAGAAUGUGAAACACGCUGGUUGAAUCAUGAAGAUCCCCUCAUCAAUUGCAAUCCAUGGACUGCUGAAGAAGAUAAGAAUCUUUUGUUUAUUGUUCAAGAAAAGGGGAUUAGUAACUGGUUUGACAUUGUGGUAUCGUUAGGUUCGAACAGGACCCCUUUUCAAUGCCUGGCACGUUAUCAGAGGAGUUUGAAUGCGUGCAUACUAAAAAGGGAAUGGACUGAGGAGGAGGAUGAUCAACUUCGUAUUGCUGUUGAAGUUUUUGGUGAAUGUGAUUGGCAGUCUGUUGCUUCUACUUUGAAAGGACGGACUGGCACUCAAUGCUCUAAUAGAUGGAUAAAAUCACUUCACCCAACCAGGCAAAGAGUGGGUAGAUGGACGCAUGAUGAAGAUAAACGCUUGAAAGUGGCUGUGAUGCUUUUUGGGCCAAAAAAUUGGAGAAAAAUAGCUGAAGUUAUUCCUGGUCGAACUCAAGUGCAAUGUAGAGAAAGGUGGGUCAAUUCUUUAGAUCCGGCUUUGAAUUUGGGCAGAUGGACUAAAGAAGAGGAUUUGAGGCUGGAAGCAGCUAUUGAAGAACAUGGAUAUUACUGGUCUAAAGUUGCCACAUGUAUGCCUUCACGAACUGAUAAUCAGUGUUGGAGGAGAUGGAAGACAUUGCAUCCAAAAGCAGUGCCGUUGCUUCAAGAAGCUAGAAGAAUACGUAAAGCUACUCUUGUAUCUAACUUUGUAGAUCGGGAAUCCGAGCGUCCUGCCCUUGGCCCUAAUGACUUUUAUAUUCCAUUACAAUUGACAAAUUCAACUUCUGAACCCGAAAAUACAAAUCUGCCAAGUAAAGGAAAAAGGAAAGAAAGAAGAAGGAUUAUUAGUGCUGAAGAUUUUGAGAACCUUCCAUCAAGUAAAAAGGUGGAGAAGAGGGGAAAUAGUUCUCUAAGGCAGCACAGCAGGAGCAGAAAGCGCAAUGAGCUGUCUGGAGCUAAAGACGACGCUACGCUUGCCUCUUUUCUGCAAGAUAAAUUGAAGAAAAACAUUCCAUCAUAUGCAGAUGGAGAUGAGAUGAAGCUUGCUGGCUUUCUUCGCAAUAAAUCGAAGAAGAGAAGGCAUCAAAUUGCUGAAAAUGCACAUUUAUCAAUUAUGAAAGGGCCGGAGCAACGUGACAAGACAAAUCAAAUACAAUUUGGUUUGCAACGUUGUGAGGCUAAAACUAACUGUGAUGGGGUAAUUCCUGAAAAUUCUAUGUUCCGCAGCAGUUUGAAGCAAACUAUAAUGUCUAGUGACAUGAACAUUGUGGGAGAUGACAUUGUAAAUGACACUGUUGCCCCCCAUGAAGUUGUGAGAGAACCAGACAGGAUUGACCAGGAGGGUAAUUGUGAGGCUGAUGGCAUCACUCUUGUGCAGUUGCGCAAGAGAUUAAAGAAGAGGGGGCCAGCUUCCUCUUGUAUGAGAAGGGAAUCUGAGCUGCCUUCCAAAGAGUUGGAUGAGCCAAGGCACAAUGAUUAGUUGCUGUUGCCCUCCACGAGGCUGUGAAAAUUUUGCAUGUAGGUACAUAGUACAUUGUGCAGACAGGAAAUGAGAUGGGAAUUUUGCAUUAUAGGAUGUAGCAUUGGUCCUCCAGUUUUGUAAUUAGGUUAUUUUUGAUCCUUGGGCUUAGGCCAGCCGAUACCCGAUAUGAAGAAAAAGAGAAAGUAAAGUAGUAAAAUUAUACAGCCAAAUGUAUACUCAACAUUUCGUUAUCCUACCAAAUGAUAUGAUACAGUCUCAUCUUAUUCCUGUUUA